AUGGACAUCGCUUGCCGGCAGCAAGAGCUACAAAUCAGUCCAGAACAUGGCAUCGCAGGUCUUGUAUAUGCUGAUGAUGUAGUUCCUUUUGCUGCUAAUUAUGACGAAAUGCAAAUAAUGUUCAACAAUGUAUCGACAACUGCAGCGAGAAUCGGACUCAGGAUCAAUGUAAAUAAAACGAAAACCUUUUCGUCUUGUAUACAAGAAGUUGAUAAAAUACCUAUUUUUAUCAAAUUAUUACUAGUUGACGAAGUGCCUGACUUUAAAUAUCUUGGAUCUACUCUAGUCAUGGCCAGGGAUGAAAUUUCAACCCGAAUAUCGAUAUCUAGGAAUAUUUUUUUCCGGUACGAAAGCCUUUAUGAAACCGUCGCAAAAUCACCAUAA